AGCGGCAGUGGAUCGAGAGUGAGCACGCGCGCGUCAUGGCGAGCCACGAAGAAGAGGCGCCGGUUGCCGAGCCGGACCAGGCUGGCGUCGAAGAUUCGGGCGCCGAUCAGCAGUCAAUGAAUGAAACCGCUCGUGAAGGCAUCUCGGCGGCAGACCUCACACACCUGGUCAGCAAUGCCACCACUUCGAUCCAGAACGAAGUCGAGGUCCUCGUCAACGCUUUGCAGCUGCGGCAUGAAACGCUUGAAAAGCUGCAGCAGGAGCUUGAUGAUCGGGCUGCUGACCUCGAGUCGGAGAUUGCCCGCCGCCGUGCCGAGUCGGAGGAGGAGCUAGAGGCAGCCCGUGAGGCGCUGGCGAGUGAGCGCCAGGCCUUUGAAGACGAAAAGGCUGCCAUGGCCAAUGCCCACACGUUUCAGAAGCAAAAGAUCAAACUGGACGUGGGUGGCCAAACAUUUAGCACUGCCCGCAGCACUCUAACUUCAGUGCCGGAUUCUUACCUGUCAGCCAUGUUCAGCGGCAACUAUGAGCUUGAGCAGGAUGAAGAUGGCAGCUAUUUCAUUGAUCGCGACGGGCGCCACUUCCACCUCAUCCUCAACUUUUUGCGAAACCCGGACAAUUUUGAGUUUCCUACAGAUCCUCACGUUCUGAAAGAGCUGCUGGAAGAGUCUGACUUUUACAAGCUUGACAUGCGUGAGCGCGUUACACCCCCAGCUCUGCCCCCCACACCAGUCGUCGCCCAUCAAGAGAAUACCGUCGACUAUUACCCCGCGUACCACCAAGAGGCGUCACAGCAGCAUCCGUCUUACUAUUCAUCACAACCAGGACAGCAGCAACAACAGCAGGAGCAGCAGCAACAACAAGAACAAUACCAACAACAACAACAACAACAACAAUACCAGCAGUAUCAAUCUUCACCUUAUCAGUAUCAGCAGCCCAUGCCCAUGGCAGACAGCAACGUGGCACCGGAAGCAAGUCCCAUCCCCACCAUCAACGAGGACAACGGAGAGCCCGUCACUGUUCCGGAUGCGACCGAUAACAGUGCACCUCCGUUGUACAUUGCUGGCACUUCCUUGGCUCGACGUGAAGCGGGCUCCCCCACCUCAAUGCGCUCCUUCGCCAGCUCCUCGGCGUCGGCACCAGCCCCGGUGAUGGCGGCUCGCCAGGCCGCUGCCCAAGCCGCAGAGCAGGCCCAACCAACGGUCCCUGCCACGACCAACGGUUUCCUGUCGGCCCCGCCCGCGAGUGCUCCCCCAACUGUCCAGUCUUCGGGCAAGUCCGCUCCGCCCACCUUUUACAACGUGGGUUACUCUGCCGCCUCUAGCAUGCCCAUGGACGGCGGCGCAGCUGUUGCCUUGGAUAACAGUGCGCCGCCUUUGUUUGGUUCGGCCUACGCCCCCACUACCUCGACGCCCGAGCCACCAACGGGCAGCUCUUUGGCCUCGGUAUCCAGCUUCUUUUCUCGUGCUGCUGACUCGGCCGCAGCGAUUCUGGCGGGGGGUGAAAGCGCCAGCGAGCCCAUGGCAUCAUCCGCCCCUGGCGUGCAGACCACGGGCAACAUGCCAUGGACUCCCUCCGCCUACAACCCGUUUUCGCCCACGCAUGGCGCAGCUUCCGGGCCGCCCACAGCAACGCCAGAGAAUGCCCCCACAAACGGCGGCUUUGGCGUGUCCACGCCUACGGGGACCGUGUCCACCGGAGUGGCAGCUGCCGCACCACCCUCAACUCCCUUUGCCAACAGUUUUUUUGCCACAACAGCCGAGGCCCCGAGGACUCAGAACACUGCCGUCGCCCCACCCCUGUAUGCGGCUGCGGAUGGCAGCAGCGCAUCAAUGGACCCAAGUCCUGCACCAGUGGUGCCCGUACACGAAGAUUCAAGUGUACCUGCCCUGGAGACCACCGGCCCGGUCCCCGAGCCUUCACGCCCUGAGAGCGCUGUCUCGCUAUCCGCCCCUAUGGAGCCUGAAACGCCCAAUCCAGCCGUGAAUGAGGUGUCCGGUCUAUCGGCCAUGGCAGAAGUCGGAAACAAUGGCAUGCAGGAGGUGCCGCUCGACUCACCUCAACGCCCUAUGGCCAACGGUGGUGCGCCACCAGUCGACGGUCAGGCGAGUCUUAAGCUUGGACCCGUGUCCCAACAAGAACGCAACUCGCUGCGAGGCUGGAACGACCCACCCAUGAACCUCUCCAGUCGUCGGCGCAAGCCGACCGGACCCGCAUUGUCCAGUACGAUGCCCGUGCCGGCCGCUGCUCCAGCGGCAGCGCCAGGUCCGGGUGCAGUGAGCUCACCAUUUUUGCAGCCAGAUUAUUCAAUGGACACGCCCAGCUCUGCGGGGACUUUCAGUGCCAUCAGCGGGGACGGCGCGUCGCCGGGCGCCACCGGGGCUGCACCCGAGGCCAAUGACGCACCCGUCGAGCUACCAGAAGCCUACCGACCCAUGCAGACCAACCUUGAAAGCGCACUGGGCCGCCUUCAGCCUAAGCAGAAGCGCAAGAGCGAUGACAUUCGAGGCAAGCUGGGUGCAUUCUAUCGCCAAGUGGCUGAGGGUGCCAUUGCCCCCGACGUGGUCGAGGGUAUUAGCCACCUGAGCCAUUAUCUGGCUGCCAAUCAGCUGGAUCAGGCUCUUCAGAUGCAUUCCCACGUUAUCAACAUGGGUAACAUUGAUCAGACACAUGCGGUGCUGGUUGAUCAGUCGACUAGUUCUCUCGGCGCAGACCACCAGGAAUCAAAGGUUCAAUUAUCAGUUUCAAAAAAGAAGAAGAAGAAGAAGAAGCACUCUAGCACAGAAGGCGAACACGCAAAGAAAGGUGCCAAGCAGAGAGGGCGGCCACAGCAGUCAUUGGCAGAUGACGGGCUCAAAUUCCGGAUUGUGCAGGUUGAAAAGUCGGAGAUUGUUUAUGCUGCCGAGUUGGGGCAAGCCAAGACAAAGCCCAAGAAGUGCGGUAGAACUGCAAUCAGGAUGGUACCGCGCAUCGACGAAGCAGGGCGCGUAUGUGCAAACCUCUUCGACCUGAGCCUCGAGCGGCAAUUGAUAGCGCCCGUUUGGUCGUGCGUGGGCAUCAUGGGGCAGGCGUGUACCAAGGAGCAGGGUGGAGAUGGGGCACCCAGCUCGAGUCUACCAGCUGGCGCUGCCACGUCGAUCGAGCCUCAAGCGCCCGCUCCCGUUGCCGGUGGUGGCAAGCCAGUGGUGGAAGCGGCAACCUCUCUUGAUGCCGCCGCCGUCGCCAGCCCCGCCGUUGGCUCUGAUAAGGGCGUGGGUGCCUCUGCCGAUGCCAACAUGCGCUUGCUGCGUGUCUCCGCCGUGGUUCAGUAUGACUGGGUCCGCUGCUACGAGAGCAUCGCCACCGGCGACUAUGUUGAGGUGAGCCUGGACGCCUUUCUGCAGGACUACUGCCAUCGCACCGCCGCCAUUUCCUGGCGCUGGGCCGCACCCAAGCCCGCUUCGCGUGAGGCAGCCGAUGGAGAAGAAGGCCAACGCGUCGUUCCACGCAACCUGAUCCAGUACCUGGCCAAGUGGCCCCCGAUUGCAAAUGGGGCCAUAGAAUUCAUCUGGCUCGAUUGGGCUUGCGUGCCCCAAUACCAGGAUGCUGCCACCACCAUGCGCGAGAUCAAUCGAUCGGGCCUCUACUAUCGUGAGGCCCGAGAAGUACUGGUGUGGUGCUACGAUCACCUCGAUGCGGCGGGGCUCAGCUAUAAAUUUUCCUCCUAUUUUGCCCGUGCCUGGACGCUGUCCGAACGCCUCCAUCGCUCACGUGGUCCCCACGCCCUCACCGCUGCCGCCAUCCUCCCGGCUUGGUUCAGUAACGAGGACGCGCGCUUCUUUCUUAGCCCGACCACGGAUCGCAUCACAGGCGUCGACAAUGGCGAGCUUGAUCGUGGGGCCUGGCUUCAAAAGCAGCAGUCCAUCGUUGUUGCCGUGCAGCGGGCGAUGGCCGAGCACGGCGAUGUCACCGCCAGCGUUGACCAGCGAAUCCGUGAGCUACUGCUGUCUCGCUUCGAGCACCUUCAUAACACCUUUCAGGCUCUUGUGGGGCCGUUGCACAACCUCCUAGACCCCGCCACGGCUGCCGCCCUUGAGAAUGCCCUCGCCUUGCGUGCCUAUGCCGAAUGGAAUCGCGGCAAACUCACAGCCCCCGAGGAAAGCGAUCUGUUUGAAACGCAAGCCAUGGGCGCCCGCCUCAAUGGCACCUCCCUUCGCGUGGCGCUUCUGAGGAGCAUGGUCAACUAUAGUCGCAUGAAACUGAACAACCUCAAUCAGGGCGUCAAGGCGGACAAGACGUACCACGAGAUGACUCGCCUGGUUGACGACUUGGUGGGCAUCUCCGAUACGGCCCGUUCAUGCUUUGAAUCUGCGGAUGCCGAGGCUGGUUCAGCACUCUACACUCGCUUAGUGCAGACGUCGGCACAGCUCUGGGACCUGGCCAUUCACCGGACCGUGACGGAGGAGGUGGAUGCCACCUGGAUUCGUCGCUACCUCGUUUUUGACAUUGGAGUUCGCUACCAGGCCUGGAUGCCGGCUGACCUACUUUUUGCCAUUUACAAGCUCUUUGACGUGCCAGACAUGAAAUACGGCGACGAGGCCCGGGUUUGGCGAGAGCUGGCUCACCGCGCCGGGAUUGAGUACGGCUCACCCUACUCGUGGCUGCGCAACCUGUCACUCCCAGACACACCAGAGCUGGCCAACGCCACGGCGCAGGGUACCAACCAGCACCAGCACGCUGUGAACACGGCUGCCGCCAACUUUGGUUUCUUUGGCUGUGAAGCUGACGAGCUCGCCCCGGGCGUGGCAUCGCCCCUGGCCUUUUUUGAGGCCAUCAUGCUGGACGAUGACGAGGCUGCACUCAAGACUCACUUUGAGAAGCAGGGUCUGACCGCUGAGGCGGCGGCUGCUGUUUUUGCCGACACACCCAACCUCGCCAUCUUCACGCUGGGCGUGCAGCUCAGCGCACAGCAGGCGUAUGCCCUUUGCGAGGCCAACCUGACCCGUAUCAACUUGGCCACCGGGGGCGAGAUUGAUCAGCACAUCUCGUUGCGCGGACGUCAGGCAUUGGGCAAUCACGAACGUGAAUUUCAGGACAGGCUGCAGGCCUUGAUCCGUGACCACGUCAAGUCAGCAGAUGGCAAUGCACUCUUCGUUGCGGUCAAGUACAACGUGGCCACCAACAGCGCACGCACCCUCAUGGUCUGGGCCAACCGCGUCGAGGGCGGUUGGAGUGCCGAGGGCGUGGUCAGCAUUGGCAGUGCUGCUCAAAAGGGUAGCACAUGGGGGUUUGCACAGAUGCUGCAAAAUCUAGCGACAGACGCUCUGGAGUUGGUGGGUGGCCUCAACGUGGCCUUGUGCGACAACAGCUUGGAUGGCCGAGGACUCUCCGAGGUGAUUGCCCCCAAGGUGGAGGAGGCAGAUGGCAUUCUAGAGGAGUGGUGGGCCCUGCCCCUGGUGACAGAGCCCGUGGAGGUGGCCGUCAACGAGGAAAAGGAGGCCCCAGCUGCGAUCGAGGGGGGUCAAGCCGCCCUCAUCGCAGCCUUGCGGGCAGCUGGGUUGGACCCAGCGGCCGUCCUGGGUCUUGGCACAGGUGCUACAGCUGCCACGGCUAGUAGCAGCGGAGGGGCAGCUUCAGGUGGCAAGGUGACGUUUUCCGACCGUGACCUCAAGUAUGCCGAUGAAUGUUUUGCCGCUUGCCAGACAGGUUUGACGCCGUCCGCGGUGCAGACCUACACCGCCAUGUUGGCCGCCAAUUACGUCCAUGACUCCAUCAUGGCCAAGAACCUGGGAUACUAUGCCAAGUUUGCUCAGGCGCUAGCCCGUCAUUUUAGCGAGUUGCCCGAGCUCAAGACUGCCUCUCCAAUGAUCGAGCAAAAGCUGGACUACCUUCUCGAAGAUUUGGUCGAUGCCAUUGAUAUGGCCGAUGACGCAGCGGAACAGGAAGCUGCCACCGCCGCAUUGAAAGAGCUUCUGAUGGCGGCGAGCGUUUCACGGCGGUCUGAGGUGUGCGUGCAGCACGAUUGGGGUGUGGACGUGGAUCAGGGCGAGGGCAAGUUUUGGGUCUCGGCGCGGCGGUACGGCGAGCCCACUGAUCAUGGCAGCGUGGUGGUGGUGCGGGAGGGUCCGCUGGGCCGGGAUGGCUUUGAGGCCGAGCUGCUUCAUGACAAUUGUUCGGUGCUGGAUUGUGCUCUAUCUCCCAAUGGCGGCCUGCUGGCCAUUGGUGGUACCAACGGAGUGGCCACGAUUCACAACGCGCAGACUACAGAACAGCAUACUGGUGCAGAUCACACGCUGCGAAUCUGGUCGGUGGCCGAUGGCUCUUGUCCUGUCGUGCUCAAAGGACACACGGCAGGCGUACUAGCAGCCGGGAUUGUGGAUCGAGGUCGCAAUAUCAUCUCGGGUAGCCGAGAUGGCAGCGUACGUUUGUGGGACUGUGGCUCGGCCAGCUGCGUCCGCCAAGUGUACCCGUUGGCUGUGGAUGCCGCGCCGCGCACGGCCACAAGUUUACAAGGGCCCGCUGUCACCGCGCUGGCCGUGGCACGCGUGGCCUCAGACAGUGGAACCCUGUCAGAUUCCUCGGCAGCGCCAACUCUGGACGAGCACGAGGCGGGUACAGACGAUCACCUGGUCUAUGUGGCCACGGAGGCCGGCCGUGUAAGCGUGCUAGAUCUUCGAGCACGUCAAGCGGUUUGGCAGCUUGAUGUGUCAGCGGCUGCCAGCGAGGCAGGCAUUUCAACGCCAGCCGCCGUGCACUAUGAUGAUUGGCAAGAGGAAGCUCUCCUGGAGGCGGCUGCUUGCCCCGAGGGAGAAAUCGAGGCCCUCGAGUACAUUGAGCUGUGGUCCCUUGAGGAGCUUCAACGCCGCUCAGGAGCCGUCGAUGAGAACGGCUGCACGCCCUUGCACUGGGCCUGCUACCACGACCACGUUCGCCUCAUGUUUGCCCUCCUCAAGGCCGGCGCCGACUUGAAUCAGGCCAACGCCAAUGGUGUGACCCCUGCUCAGUGCGCCAUGUACUGCCACGCCGAUCGCGUCCUCUCCGUCCUCCGCAUGGCCGAUCUGCUCCCCGUUGAAAAGAAACAUUAGCUCCCUUCGGCGGCACACCAUGCGGACGCCGUUCUGCCUCUUUCGUGCACAUAUUGUGCUGGAUCUUGAUUUUUUUUUCUUUUCGUUUUUUUCAUUUCUAAGCCACUUCAUGUUAAUCAUCCCCGCCUGUACUCCUCGCAAGUCAGAAAAUGUAAAAGUG